AUGGCUGCUGCUGAUCUUUUCACUAAGAUGCACUCUCUGUUGUUCUCUGCUCUUCUCUUCUGGUACUGUUUCCAAUACAUAGUAGCCCUACCCCUUUACUUACUGCCAUCACCACCAUUGUUGAUCAUUUGUUCUGACCAACAAAAUCACAUUUAUUGGCAGCAAGAGGACAAAUUCCAGAUCUCAUGUCUGUGGAAUGAGGAUACCGAAUUGCACUUUUUUGGAGUUCCUGGAUUUGUUUCAAAGAUUAGGAGGGGACAGACAGAAAUGCCAUCUUCUGCUUACUGCCACUGGUACUGGAGCUCCACCUCUGUGCAUAAUAGGGUUCUCUGGUCAGGCCGGAUGGUGCUGGGACCUAACCUAGUAAGAGGGGCCAUAAAUCCUCUUUGGGACUCCAGUAGUAUCACCGUACAGUGUGUAUCACCUUCCUGCAGAGAGCCCAUAUGCCUUCAUCGCAAUCUGAGCAUCGAAGUGUUUGGCCAGGAGGUCUAUCUGUUUCUGCUUUGGCCUUUCAUACAUCCCAUCCACAAGUGGCAGCUAGUGCAGCUGGGCUGGUGUGCAUACCUAAACACUUCAACCUGGCACUACCACUAUAGCAGCCGAAGGGGUAGCCCCAUGGCCCUGCUCUUUCCCACAAGCUAUGAUUCAGAUUCUCCUCCAUCUGGUCACUAUCAUAGCAGUGAACUUCACCACAUGUGUACCUGGUACUUCAACUAUCGUCUGACAGUGCAUUACACCCACCAUGGGUUAUAUAUUGCUUCCCUCCACAUGAAUCAAGGGCCUCAAGUCAGUCUUAGUCUGAACUUGCAAGUGGAGCCCGUUCUGCUACACAUUUUGAGUAUUCACUCCAAAUUGCUCAGUGUCCCUCAUAACACCAUCAACCUCUCAUGGAGCCUCCUACCUGUCGGCCGCCACAAAAUGGCCUAUAGAUUGUUGGAUGUGGAGGGUGGAGGGGUCUGGUCUACCUUCUACAAUCCAUAUGCUCUGCAGCACAAUUACUCUAUUGCCCAUGUCCCCCAACAUUCCAGGAAGAAGGUAGUGGCCAGCAUCCACUUUUGUAUUGAAGAAGAAUGGUCUGAGAAGCUGAGUGGGAUAUUAGGUUAUUCUAAUGCCACCUUAAGUCUAACAUCAAAGGGUGAACCCCCAACUUUCCUCACUCUCAACACCCAGAAAGUCAAGACGGGCACUUACUUUUUUAGCCGCACACAAGGACUCUACUAUUUUACCCAAGGAGGAAAUGCUACCAGUGUCUCUGGCAACCUCUCCAGCAUUCACAAUAUCUUCUACCAGCAGCAGGGCUUCACUUACUUGAUCACCAUUGAGUUUGUCCGAUUGCAUUGGUACAAAUUCAAUGUACAUCUGUAUCUUAACAGAAAAGGAGCCCUUCUACGGUCUUUUUCAGAGAAAGGUAUAGAAAUCCACAUCUUCAACAGUGGUCCUUCUUUUUUACAAAGCAUGGUCUAUAUUGUGUGGUUUAUUCCCAUGCAACAUCCACUGCUGCAGUGUGAAUGGACCUUCAACUUGCAACUCUUUGAUUCAAGGAAAGAAUAUCUUCUUUGGAACAAAACUUACACUUACCAGGAUCAUGUCAGAAAUGCUGCCCAAUUUAUUCCUCUCUCUGCUUUACCUUUCAGUUCUGCCCUGUAUACAGGCUUUGUAGCACCAGUAAAGUGCACAAGAAAUGGACUUAUACAUGCUGUUUUAAAUGCCACAGUCAACAAUUAUUCUUCAAAGGUCAUGGAGUCCACAGUGACUUGCCUUCAAAGAAUUUGUUUUAUUAAGCGAGUUAAAAUCCAGAAACCUGAUUCUUCUAUCUUCAAUUAUAGCAAAAGGACACCAUUUAUUUUGUUUGCAGAUACACAGAUCAAUUGUCCAAGACCUAAACAAAGAUACAUAAUCUGGGCUAUCUAUAAAGUACCAGAUGUUAAAACUACCCCAGACUGGUCAAAACCUUUAAAUCUACCCGGCAUUGAAAGACGAAAUCUCAUCACAUUAGAAAUUCCUGGUUCUAGCUUAGAUGAUGGCUUGUAUCUCAUUAAUUUUACAAUGAAAUUAAUUACAAUGGAUACAUUGAAGAGUGUAGAAGGUUCUGAUUCUGUGAUUGUUCAGAUUGGGACAUGCCAUCUUGUGGCUGUCAUUGCUGGAGGCAGUUUCCAGACUGUUGGUUUUUCUGAUCAAUGGACUCUGGAUGGAUCUGCUUCCUUUGAUCCUGAUGCAGCCCUAACCUCCAAAGGACUUACAUAUACUUGGUACUGCACCAGGCAAAAAACAGAUUAUGUAUCCAUGACACUAAGUGAAAAGGGGAAAUGCCGUCCACCUCAGGUGGAUUUGAAAUGGACAACAUCCUCUGAUCCAGUUCAAACUAUGCAGCCCAAAACUCUUCAGGGAAAUGCUGUUUAUUAUUUUCUCCUAGUGGUUCAAAAGGAUAACAGAACAGGGCAGGCUGAACAAAUGGUACAUGUGCUGUCUGACUCUGCACCAGUGCUGAAUGUCACGUGUAUUGAAAACUGUGGUAGGUCAGUCAUACCAACAGAAAGAUUUUGUCUUUCUGGCAAAUGCCUGAACUGCAGAAAAUCUAGCAGACCCAUCUAUCAUUGGUCACUUUUCUCAGCAAGCUCCACUGAAAUAAGUUUUGAUUGGGAGUCCAAGACUACAACUGGAAGAUCUAAUUCAUACAUUUGUAUAAAUGCUUUGAGUUUUAUAAAUAUGACAGAACAAUCAUUUAUGCUUGUUCUAAAAGUGAGUGCAUGGGAAGAUAUGUCAUCAGUCUAUACUUAUUUAUUUUUUGUAAAUUCUCCACCAGUGGUUGGAGAGUGUGUUCUUAACCCUACCACUGGAGUGACAUUCCUAACAAAAUUUAUUAUUCACUGUAGUGGGUUUAAAGAUAAAAACUUGCCUCUUACAUAUAAAGUCAAAGCAGCACCAGAUACAUUGAAAAUGACUAGAAUGUAUUCUAUGGAUAGUCAUACUUUGGGGACAAUUGUGUAUUUUGGCUACCAGUCGAAAAUUCCACCGUCCUUUUUACCCAUUGGUGUACCCUCUAAGCAGUAUGCCUUGACAAUAUAUGUCCAAGUAUAUGAUGCACUUGGAGCAUAUACUCAAGUAACUUUACAGGCAACAGUGCUUGGUCCAUUAAAAGGAAAGCAAACAGACUUUAUCCUAAAUAAAUUAUAUAGUUUAAUCACUGGGCCUAAAUCCCCAAUAACAUCUUUUCUUGAAAGUGGGGAUUAUUUUAAUGCAGGUUAUUUUGGCUACAUGGUAGCCUCUACUUUAAAUGAUAUGGAAGCUUUUCAAAGAUUUCAUUGUUCUAAGACUAAACUGCGGGAAAUCCUCCUAAACAGGUCUGCAGGAAUACCUACAACAAAUAUAAUAGAAGCAAACCAAAUGAUCUUAAGUAUUUCUCAAAUAACACAGGAAGUCACUGAAGUAAGCAGGAAAUCACAACUCCUUGCAGUUAGAAAACUCAAAGAGGUAGGUGAAAAACUGAAAAAGUACAGCAAUGAAGACCUAGGGACUAAGGAAAGACAGGUCCUUGGCACUGGAAUUCUUGCUGGGCUGUCAAAUGUCUUGAAAGCUUCUCUGUUAGACCAUAGAAAUGUACACAUAAAUGGAGUUAAAGGUGCAAUUUCUGUCAGUGAGAUCUUAGCAGACCUAGUCUUACAUGAUAAAGUACCAGGAGAAAAUGAAACCAUGAUGGAAGCCAAAGAUUGGACAAUAACAUUAAGAAAAGAUGAAAAGUGGGAUGUUUUUGAUGCUUUCUCGAAGAGAAAAGGCCACAAGAAUUACUUUUAUCCCAGAAUGGAUCAGGAGAAUAAUAUUGAAUUACCAGUAGAUGCUGUGGUUUCCACUGUUCUUUAUGAGUUUGACAGGAACCCUUUCCCUUGGUUGCCAUAUUCAGAUGAUAUUAGCACAAUGGUGACUGGAUUCAAGAUGACAGGAACCACAUCUAAUGGCAACAUGAUUGGGAUCAUGCCUGAUGUAACUGAAAUGAUUCUGACGAGAAAAAAGGCAAACACUGCCAUCUUUGAGUUGAUGAUGGGCCAUGACAGGAAACUCUCCAAAACUAGUGGAGGUUUUAGUUUUGAAGUACAUAGGAACUCCAAAGAUGUUUUCAUCCAGAUUGUGACAAAACUAAAGCUCACUUUCCAGGUAUUUAUAUACCUAGGUCUCAAGGUCAGCCACCCUCCCAUAGCUUAUUUUAGUGUUUUCCAUAACAAGCUGGCAAGGGAGAAUAAUUCCAGGGACAAUGACUGUGCACCUCAGACUCCUUAUAUAUUUUGUCUGUCCCAGACAUUACUCAGAUCUAUAUUCCAAGACAACAGGGCAGAAAAAUGGAACAUCUCUGUCUUGUUACAAACAGAUCUUUUUGUCAAGGACCAUAGCCCUCAGCCAAUUAGUAUUGUGAUUUUUACUGCUGACUGUUUAUACCUAGACGGAGUCCAAAGUAAUUGGAAAGAAGGCUUCUGCAGCCUUGGCCCUCAGACGAGCUGGCAAAAGUUACAUUGUGUGUGUAUCAGCAAGAAGCACACUUCAAGAACAGCAAAUCCUCGAUCAAAAAGAACAUCCAAAGAUAACAUCCAGUUUUUGGCUGGGAAAGUCAUCAUGUACCCCAGCCCAAUCAAUAUGGAAAGGCCCCAGUUAAUCCAAAUCCACAAAAAUCCAAUGACCAUGUUGACAGUCCUUUUCAUUUUUGCAGUAUACAUCUGCUUGGCUAUUUGGGCAAUGAGAAAAGAUAGGGCUGAUAUGAAAAGCAGAGAUCAUACUGUAGUCUUGCCAGACAAUGACCCCUUUGACAAAGUGUGCUACCUGGUUACAGUAUAUACAGGGAGUCGUUUGGGAGCAGGAACCACAGCCGAUGUUUUUAUUCAGCUGAUAGGCCAAAGAAGCAUCAGUGAUGUACAUUGCUUAAGCCACCCCAAAUACCAAACUCUUGUUCGAGGGGCCAUCGAUACCUUUCUCCUGACUAGCAAGAAUGACCUUGGAGAUGUUUAUUCCUUCCGAGUCUGGCACAAUAAUGGAGGUUCUUCCCCUAGCUGGUUCUUGAGUAGAAUCAAAGUGGAAAACAUAUACACCAAACAGUCUUGGAAGUUCAUAUGCCAAAAAUGGCUUGCUCUUGAUAAAGAUGAUGGCUUAAUAGAGAGGUCAUUUGUUGCUACUCACCCAAAUGUACCUUUAAGCAAAAUGGAUUUCUUCUUGAUAAACUUUAGCAAUGACUUGGUUGAUAGUAAUUUAUGGCUCUCAGUAUUUGCUCAUGUCUGCACUGGUUAUUUGAACAGGCUCCAGAGACUAUCCUGUUGCUUAGCAAUACUGCUGUGCAUCCUGCUUUUCAACAUUAUGUUCUUCAGUGCUGACAAAGCUCAACAAGUGGCUUCUGAAGAUCUACCAUAUUUAAGACCCAUCAUAAUAGGAAUUCUAAGUGCUUUCAUUUCCAUUCCCCUGCAAAUGAUUGUAACAGCUUUGUUCAAAUAUUCUCAGAAGGAGCCUUCACCACAAAAUACAACUCAGACUAGGCCUAAAGCAAGUUCUGCCUUCAUGUCUGGAAAUCUUAGGAACUGGAAGGAGCGUCUGCAGAAAUGGUACCUUACAGAAACUGCUUCCAAAGGCCCGAGCCAUCAUUUCUCAGAGAGUCCUUCCAGUGCUUCAAAUUCAUGCAAACUGGAACAACUUAAUAAGAAAAGACGGAGACAGACAGCAAAAACAUUGACCAACUGCACAAUUUCUGAGGGUGAUGCAAAUGUAAUUGCAACAGAAGAGGAUGUGAAACACUAUGACAGUAUUGGCAGCAAUUUUAAUAAUAAUAAUGCAGAGAAGGAUACCUGUGUUCAGAUAAAACCAUUACAUAUUCCCAUCAUGCUAUUUUGUAAAAGGCCACAAACAAAAUUUUCUUCUUGGUAUGUAUAUGUUUCAUGGAUAUUGGUCAUAAUCAUUUCUUCAUUGUCAUCAUGUUUUAUCAUAUUACAUGGUCUGUCCUAUGACUAUGAAACGUCAUUGGAAUGGCUUACAGCAUCCCUUAUCUCAUUAUGCGGGAGUGUAUUUUUGCUUCAAACCCUGGACAUAGGGUUUUUUUCCGUACUGAAGACACUUUAUCCAAAAUACUGUGAUAGCAUCCCAUGGUCAAGCAGACAAACCUAUUUAGAGAUUAAACUGGAUGACAUAACAAUGGACGCUGAUGAGAUGCGGGAGUUACAUUAUGAUCUAGUCAGAAUGAGAGGCUCUAAACAGUAUCAGCCCUUGGAAGAGGAUGAACUCACAAUUUUCAAGAAAAGACAGAAGAUUCAACACCAAGCUUUCAUUUUCAUAAAGGAUGUCAUAUGUCAUUUUGUCUUUUUAAUCCUUAUUUUAAACAUUGCUUACUCAAUGGAAAACACAACUAGUUUUUACUACAACCAAGAUAUUCUUAACAAAUUCUCUCCAGGACUCUCAGAUGUUGGCAAAAUAGAGCAUAUUUACAUGUGGCUGAAUGACAUCUUUCUGCCCUCCAUUCACAAUGACUAUCAUCCAACCUAUCUUUCAGAGUCAUGGUCCAAAAUCCUUGGGCUGCCUAGAAUGCGGCAAAUAAGAGCAAAGAAUGUUAAAAAAGAAUGUUUCUAUCCACACAGUUUUGUAAAUAAAUUUGUUAUUAGUAAAAGCCAUUGCCUUCAUAAGUAUGGUCAUGACCCAGAAGAUCAAAGAGACUAUCUUGGAUCUUGGACAAACCAGGCCAAUAAAUCAGUUUAUAAUCAUUUCAAUGAUUUUUCAGGCUUCACUUAUGAGGCAAACAGUGAUCAAUGGAAAUAUAAUUCAUAUGGAGAACUAAAUUCAUAUGGAACAGGAGGGUACACUUUUAAUUUUUAUCCACAAGAACAACUGCCUAAUUCGACAACAAGAAUUAAUAUUUUAGAAAGGAGCAACUGGCUUGAUGAAAAUACGUGGGCACUUAUAGUGGAGCUGACGACUUUUAAUCCAGAUGUAGAUUUCUUUUGCAGCAUCUCUGUUGUAUUUGAGAUUUCUCAUUUGGGCCCUAUUAACACAAUUUUAUCAGUCUAUUCAUACAAAGUCCCAAUUUUUAAACAGCUAAGCAAGAUGGAAAUUUUUGUCUAUUUAGCUGUUGUUUGUAUUCUGAUCUUUUACAUCAUUGAUGAAUUUUUUGUGCUGAAACAACAAAAGCUAAAAUACAUAAACACCGUUGCUAACUUAAUUAAUUUUGGAAUAAAGGCAACAUGUUUGGUGUAUUUUGGGCAGCUUGUCUUCAAACUUGAACUGGCUUCUAGCCUAACAGAGUGGUAUUUACUUCAUUCCAAGGAAUUCAUUCCAUUCCAUAAAAUUUCUCAUGUUGAUCAAAAACUGCGAAUAACUCUCGGAUUUCUGGCGUUUCUUAUCGUUUUGAAAACACUUCGGUAUUCUCGAUUCUUUUAUGAUGUUCGUCUGGCUCAACGAUCUAUUUUGGCAGCCCUUCCUGGCAUCUGUUCCAUGGCUCUGGUAGUAGCUGUGUACUUUUUUGUAUACAUGGCAUUUGGCUACCUAGUAUUUGGCCAAUUUGAAUGGAACUACAAUACAAUGAUUCAUUCUGCUCAAACAGUCUUUUCUUAUUGUGUUUCUGCUUUUAAAGAUACAGCCUUUUCAUCCAAUAGGCUUCUAGGGGGUCUCUUUCUAGCAUCAUUUAUGAUGGUGAUGAUUUGUGUCCUAAUCAAUUUGUUUCAAGCUGUGAUUAUGUCUGCCUAUGAGGACAUGAAACAACCUGUCUAUGAAGAGCCUUCCGACGAGGCAGAGGUAGUGAAUUUUCUGGUUCAUAAGCUUCACAGCAUAUGGUUUUUUGUAACCUGCAGAACACCAUCUGCAAAUGAUACAGAACUUUUCAACCGAGUUCUGUUUGGGCAUCCCAGAAGGAGAAACCCAAACCACCUAGGACUCAAAGCCAGAAAAAUAAAUGGCCGCAAAAUGGUUUAUCUUGUCAUUUGAUCCUUAGCUGGCUUAUAUGCAACUGUAUCAGCUAGGAAAUUAAAAGAAAGAAAAUAGAAGAAAAAUAAGUAAGAAAAAAGGAAUUGCCUUAAAUAGGAAUCAUACUCAUUUUUAAGAAUGUGGUUUUUCAUGGCCUCCACUUACAAGUGUUAUUUUGCAGUGUGCUGUUGUUGAAUAAUUACACUGAAUUCACAGCAACUGUUUAUAUGGACGAAUUAGUAUCAACAACAGCUUCUUUCACAUCCAAUUUUGCUCACUUUUAACCUCUUGUCAUGUGAACCAUGGAAAGAAUAAAGAAAAAUGACUGUUAUAAAACUGCUACAAGGCAUUAGGAAACAGGCCUUUUAUAUCUCUUUUUCUCCCAAAAUAGAUACAGCAAUAUUUAACAUUUUAGAUGGGAGGAGUCAUAAGCUGUCUUGAAUGCCUUGGAUGUCAGAGAGGAAGAUGAAAACUUUAAAGUAAAAAAAGUAAAGUAAAAAUCUUAAUGUUUAAGUUUGGUGUGUGUGCAUAUGGCAUCAUUGUAUAUGUUCAAUGUAAGUCCAACACAAAACUUUGUUAGAACAUGCCACUGUCAAGGAGUAGUAUCAUUCCAGAAUAAAACCAAUGUUUACCAUUUA